GGCACAUGCUCAGCUGGGGUGCGUCAUAUAAAACCUCUGCGCUGUCUUUGUUUACAGUAAAGGGAAGUGAACGGCGUAACACAGGGUUCUAUUACGUUCAAGCGCUAUUAUUCAAAAAAGUACACGUUAAUAGCAUCGACUAUUACUAGGAUCACAUUGCAGUUAUGGUGGCAAUGACGAAGAAGGUGAAAACCUUCCAAAUCACCUUAUCGGAUUCAAACAAGUCCUUCUACUGCGGCGGGGACAAGGUGUGUGGCCGAAUUGAAGUAGAGGUGAGCGAGGUGACUCGGGUGUCUGCAAUGAAGAUACUGGCUCUGGGCUGCGCCAAAGUGGAAUACGCUAAAGGCAAGCAACGGUGCCGCCAGGAGGCCGAGUACUUACGCUAUGAAGAAGUCGUGCAUUUGAGCGAGCAGCCCACAGAUUCCGAUGGCUCAGUUGUCUUAAGGCCUGGUAAUAAAUAUGAGUACAAGUUUGGAUUUGACCUUCCUCAGCAAGGGCAGCUGGUGUCUUCAUACAAGGGGAAGUUUGGUUAUGUCCACUAUUAUGUAAAGGCCUUGAUGGAGAGGCCACAGCAACCUACUCUGGAGUGCAAGAAAUGCUUUGAGGUGGAGGAACCUCUGGACAUCAACACACCAGACCUGCUGGUAAGUUGACCUGAAUAAGAUAUUUUUUGCAGUCAUCCAAGUCAAAUCAGUGAAAACACACACAUAAUCCACAAAUUAUAUAUCUCUAUCUAUCUUUUCAGUCAAUUUCAAUUGAAUUGAAUUAUUCUUCUUUUAAAUAGUAUGAAAUAUCCCUAUUAAGACUAAAUUUAGUAAUGGUAGAAAAGCCAUAUGAACUAAAUGUUACCAUUUCAGUGUAUUUUUGGUAAAUAGGUACUUAGAUUUUCUGACCUGAUACAGUAGUAGCAAGAUGGAUGUCCUCCAGUGUAUUAUAUCAUGAAAAAAUGAUGCAUGUAGAAAAUGGUGGAUACUUAAACCUUGCAUCUAAAAUGCAUCUUUCACUUGAAACACAUGUUGAAGCCUUUAUAUCGUAAUCA